AUGUCGGAAUUCGGAGUGUGGAAAAAGGUUCUCAUCCUGCGAGAGACGUAUCUGAGAAGAGCGAUGCCUACCGACGACCAACAUCCACCUAGUAGGUCGUUGAAGCCCCAGAUGGAGAAGCGACGUCGAGCUCGUAUUAAUGACAGUCUUCUACAGCUGAAGAGUCUGGUUCUCGAUGCUCUCAAUAAAAACAAUCCUCGUCAUUCCAAAUGGAGAAGGCUGAUAUAUUUAGAAAUGACAGUACGAUAUCUGCGAUCAAUCCAUCGCCAGCAACUUUCAGAGAUUUCGGUAUAUUACAAAUUCUUGUUCAUCUUCAAUUUUGCAGGCAUUGGUUCACAUAACGAACAAGCAAACAUUGCCCAAUACCAGACUGGCUACGCAGAAUGCAUGCGAGAAGUCUCCAGAUACUUGAAACGCAACCAGCAACACCAACAAUGCUCCUAA